CUCGUUAGUCAGGCACGAGUCCUGCAAGCACCCGCGCACUGCAGUCAGCCCUGGGAAGGUGAUCAGCGGCCGCAGCUACGUGACGGCUCCCAACCCUCAACGUGAGACACGCAGAAACGUCGCUGCAAGCAAUGCAGCGCCACAUCGCACAGGCGUCGGCGACGGUUGGUGGCUCCAGUCUGCAGGGCGCCGGCAAGUGUUGCUGGAUGGUUUGCGCGAUUCGUUGCAGGGUGGUCAUGGCAUGUGCACGUUUAAUUCGGCGGGCACGCCAGUCCUCAUUGGGGGCUUCAUUUGCGCUGCCUUCUCCUGUCUCGCAACACGGCGAGAGCAUUUUCCACCCACCUCUCUUCCUUCUCCCCUCCGACAUCAGGUCGCGCUCUCUCCUGCGGUCCUUUCACUCAUUAUCUACGCUUCUCCCAGCUCUGAGGCCCUUGGUAAAGUCCGCCUCUUUGCCUCGUUCAUUCUUAUUGUUCGCUCUUUCAGCAUUGGCGACCGCAAAACAAGCCCUAGGCCAGCAUCUGCACGCGAGCACGCAGCCUUUAAUUCUGUCCCGUUUGUGGCCAUUGCUCGAGAUCAGCAGCUUAUAAUCUGCCCCUAAUACCGUGCUUGAACCCUCCGCUCGACCUUGCAAUCCUGGUAACGUCGACGUCUGCUUUGACCCGGUAUACCAUCAAGCAGCCCAGCUGUUGGACUCCUUUGACCUUCGAUUCGGUGCGGUCCACCCUGUAUUAAGUACUCACUUGCCAUUGUGCCUUGGGUAUUGUCUUGCAAAGCA